AAAUAUGUGAAUGAAACAGUUUGCCAAAACUAGCAGUGAGUGAGGUGCUAGUGAAAGGAAGAAGAUUUUGGGGAUAAAAACUGUUCCGUCAUGACCAAGUUUGAGCCCAGUGAAAAACAUGGGGUGGAAUAUGUACCUUACAAUACGCAAAAUGCAGAAAAGAUCAACCUCGUCCAACUUAAGCCUCAAAACCAAAGCGCUAAACCGGACACAUUUUUCUUUAUCAUGACAAUCCUUUCAGGUACGGUGGUUGCCACUAUUAUGGGAUCCCAAUUGGUGUGGACAUCACCCGUAAUCCCCAAAAUUACCUCAAACGUUUCUGAUGACAAUCCUUUGGGAAGAACGGCAACAACAUACGAAAUAUCGAUGAUUGCUGGUUUUCCACCAUUAGCAACUCUUGCGGGACCUUUAUUUCUGGGACAAUUGGCAGAAAUAUUUGGAAGAAAAAGGUCCAUGCUGAUCAUUACUUUGGGGGAGAUGUUAGCAGUUGUUUGCUUAGCAUUUAGUACCAAUGUGUAUUGUAUCGUUGUGUUCCGGUGUGCAAUAUUUAUGUUUUUUAACGCAUCUAUAACUGUCUUACCUGUUUAUUUGACAGAAAUUUGCGAAGACCACAACAGAGCUCGAUACGGUUGUUUGAUGGGUGUUAUGCCACCUUUAGGCAGCCUGUUUGGCUACGUAGUGGGCUCAUUUUUCACGAUAAGAGUAUUUACUUUAUUAUCACUUAGUCCAUUAUUACUUUUUAUUUUCUUUUGUGUAUGUGCACCCGAGUCUCCAGUCUAUUCACUAUCUAGAGGUAGAAGGGAAGAAUGUUUAAACGCUCUUAGAAAGUUAAGAAGCAAUAAAAAUGAGAAAGAAAUUGAGGGCGAUAUGUACCAAAUAGAACAAGCUUUAAAACUUCGAGCAAAUUCUUCCUCUGGUAAUAUAUUUACCUUAUUCUCGACAAAGGAGAAGAGGUACGCAAUGCUUUUAGCACUUAUUCCUAUUAUGAUACAAGUUUUUUCAGGAGUUACUGUUUUGGUCCAAUUCAUGGCACCUAUAUUUAUUGCAGCUGGCACAAAGUACAACAGUAAUCAUCUGGCAAUAGUAGUUGGUUCUAUAAAAGUUGUCAGUUUUAUAAUCGUUUCCUUUGUUGUUGAGAAAACUGGAAGAAGGUAUAUGCUUCUUAUCUCUGCAAUAGGAUCUUCUAUACCACUUUCAAUGUUGGGCGGAUUUUUCUACCUCAAACACAUAAAUUCCUCAUGGAUUGCUUCACUCCAGUGGAUACCUUUGACCAGUAUAGUGGGUUUCAUGAUAACUUACUCCCUAGGAAUUGGGACAAUUCCGAUGGCAAUCAUGGGAGAACUUUUCACUCCAGAUGUUAGAGCAGCAGGCGUAUCAUUUAUAAUGACAAUGUUGGGCAUAUGCCUUUUUUGCGCCACGGCCAGUUUUCCCAUCAUUAACGAGUUUCUAGGCUUGUAUUGGUGUAUCUGGAUGUACAGCGUGUUUUGUCUAGCUGGGGCAACAUUUAUUUAUUUUAUGAUCCCGGAAACGAAGGGGAAAACUGUUGUAGAAAUACAAGAAUAUAUUAAGAGCCGUGUAAAUAAAUAAAUGUUUAUUUUUCA